GAUUAAUGAAAAAUACAAGAAUGAGGGUGUGCUGGUAGUUUUUGUUUAGGCCUGUGGGAUUUGUUUUAUACUUAUUCUGCACUACUACUCAGAGAAACACAAUGGCAGGCUGUAUUCGACUCCUUGAAUGGAUCUUUUUCUUCUAUUUUUUUUCUCACAUUCCAAUUACAUUGCUUGUAGACGUGCAGCCCUUGCUCCCAUCUGAACUGUAUCCUGCUUCUCUGAAGCAGCUGUUGGCUUGGUAUGCAGCAGAGUUAAAAGACCCCAUGAUGGCUGAUCCACCAAUGUGGUUCAAGUCCUUUAUUUUCUGUGAACUUUUACUACAGUUGCCUUUCUUUCCUGUUGCAGCAUAUGCUUUUUUCAAAGGAGGAUGUAAAUGGAUACGAACUCCAGCAAUUAUCUACGGUACACACGUUGCUACAACAGUUACUGCCAUCCUUGCUCAUAUUCUGUUUCAAGAUUUCUCAGAGUCCAAACAUCCAGCUCCAGAGACAUUUGAAGAAAGGUUUACCCUUCUGUCAAUCUACUUACCUUAUCUUGUAAUACCUGUCAUGAUUGUACUUACGAUGUUGUACAGCCCACACUAUAAUACAAUGGAGAAAAAAAAAACAUACUAACGCAUACAAGUUAUAUACCUCUCGGGCACAAGUUGUAUUUAUAUCUGCUUUGUUUUUUUUUAAAUUGAUCAUUUCUGCUUGAAAAAAUGUAGUAAAAGUAAAUGGAAAUAUGAAUCUAGGCAGGUGAUGGAAAUGUUUGAUUUAUAUAUCUAAUCACCAUCCAUUACUAACUGUAUGUCAUGCAUUGGCCAUGACUUCAACAUUUCAGUGUUGCAUGGUUUCAGAUUUGGAGACAAGACUAGAAUAGAAGAUACCAGACUCACAGAUCUUGGUCAUCUUUUCACAUCCUGUUCUUCUACUCCAUUGUGGAAUUUUUCCUGUUGUAGGAAAUGAGAGAACGACUGCUUUUUGUAAGUAUGGCUAGUGCUGCACGUAAGCUAAAUGUGAUGCCUGACAUUACUUCUAAAGCAUGUGUACAUCUUUUGUCCUGGCUUAUGUGGCAUUCACUGACUAAGGCUAUUUACUAACACUCAGUCUAUAGUACUGGGCAAGUUUCCACACUUCUGUAGUGUUAAAAAGUUCAUAUAUGUUCUGAAAAUAAAAUGGUUCGAAUAUGAAAUUUACCAUUCAUAGCCUGAAAUGAGCUUGGAAAGCUUAUUUAAGGGGUAACAUACAUGGGAGCAUCGCAUGACUGCUGGCAAUUAGAUGAAGCAAUACAGAUACUUUAUGACUGAUGAUUCUUUAAAGUCUACAGUUUAAAACUUUAUAUAGCCGGUACCCCACUCCAAAAAGAUAUGGUAGUUGGGCAUAUCGACACUUUGACAGUUCCCUCACCUUUGGCCACCAUGUUGCAAAAGUAGUUAGGAGAUCUUCUAUGUAGCACAACUGAUUUUUAAAGGUAUCUUAUCUAGGGUAAAGGAUGUUAUUCUUCCUCUGUACUCUGCUCCGAUUAGUGCCAUGCCCCUUUCAUCAUGUACCUAGCCAGACAUAUCAUACAGCUUGAAAGGCCCCAAGGGUUGUUAACAACAGAUUAUUGGCCUAAAAACCCUCCUCUACCAAGACAGACUAGAGGCCCUAUCCCUAUGCUCUGUCUCUUGUAGACUCCUCUGUGAUCAUCUAUGCCUGGCAUUCUGUGCCAUUAAAGACUACCCUUGUGGAUCUUUACUACCUUCACAGGAUGAAUAACCAUAUGAAUACCCAAAUCAAGGAUUUAAACCUCCACCACCUUAUAAAUAAAACAUGUUUGAGGUAUUGAUCCAUUACCCAGUGGUUGCCGUAUCUCUGGAUAAAACUGUCCUUGUACGUUAAGCAGAGUGACAUCCUUGCAAACUUCAAGACUAACCUUGCCAAUCAGAUGGGUACCCACACGUUCAUCACUGGCCUGGCUUGUUUGUCCUCCUGGAAGUGGGGUUCCAUUUCGAUGAUGGUAUUUAGCAAGACGUACGUGGUCGUCAAGCUUACUUACCCUGCAGUUCUUAAGAUCUUAUAAUUCUGCUCUUUGAUUGUUUCCAUCAGUGCUGCAAUUGAUUUAUAUUAUCACCACCUUGUGUCAUAACAAGGUUGUAAAAUCACCAUGAGCAGAAACAAGUCCAUUAGAUUCAUUAUUUUUGUCAGAUGUAAACGAUACCUAAUUUUACACUUAAAAUGCAAUAAAGUAUUUUUGUUGUUUAAAUGUAGCGUUUAACUCUGAAUAUUGACAUUUUGACUCCUUGUUGUUUCCUUUUACUCGGCUAAGAAAAGCUCUCCCUUCUGUUAAUUUUGUCUUUUGUCUAUUUGCUUUGUCCCUUUUGUACUUUUAAAACAGUUUUGGUUCUAUUUGGUCUAAGUAAAGGACGAUUAUAAUAUUUGUUCUUUAUGGAAUCCAUUCUACACUGUAGUCAGUAAUAAAAUUAAUUACAUUUGUA